UAGAUUUGCAAAUCUGUUUCAUUGGCCCGUAGGAUUUUGCUGGCAGAACUGCUCUCGUUUAAUUGUUUAACCAAUAUUUUGUACCAAAAAACCUUGCAAAUAUGCUGAAGCAAGUGACGAAGCAAUUGGCCCUGCAGGGAGUGCGCACCUUUUCCGUUGGUCAGCAGAACAACUACAAGGUGACCGUUUGCGGCGCCGCUGGAGGAAUUGGCCAGCCGCUGUCGCUGCUCCUCAAGCAGAAUCCCCUGGUCACCGAUUUGGCCCUCUACGACAUUGUGCAUACGCCCGGUGUGGCCGCUGAUCUGUCCCACAUCGACACCAAAAGCAAGACCGCCGGAUUCAUGGGUGCCGACCAGCUGGGCGAUUCCCUGAAGGGAUCCGAUGUGGUCGUCAUCCCCGCUGGUGUGCCCCGCAAGCCCGGCAUGACCCGCGAUGACCUGUUCAACGUGAACGCCGGCAUCAUCAAGGACAUCUCCAACUCCAUUGCCAAGAACUGCCCCAAGGCCCUGGUGGCCAUCAUCACCAACCCGGUGAACACCUGCGUGCCCAUCGCUGCCGAGAUCCUCAAGAAGGCUGGUGUCUACGAUCCCAAGCGUCUGUUCGGUGUCUCCACCCUGGAUGUGGUGCGUGCCCGCGCCUUCAUUGGCCAUGCCCUGGGUGUGGAUCCCCAGAGCGUGCAGAUCCCCGUGAUUGGUGGCCACUCCGGCGUCACCAUUCUGCCCGUGCUGUCCCAGAGCCAGCCGCUGUUCAAGGGCAACCAGGACACCAUCGAGAAACUGACCGUGCGCAUCCAGGAGGCCGGUACCGAGGUGGUCAAGGCCAAGGCUGGAGCCGGCUCCGCCACCCUCUCGAUGGCCUAUGCUGGCGCCCGCUUUGCCGGCUCCCUGCUGAAGGGCCUCAACGGCGAGAAGAACGUGGUCGAGUGCUCGUACGUUCAGUCCACCGUCACGGAGGCCACCUUCUUCUCCACACCCCUGGUGCUCGGCAAGAGCGGCAUCCAGGAGAACCUCGGCCUGCCCAAGCUCAACGACUACGAGAAGAAGCUGCUGGAGGCCGCCAUUCCCGAGCUGAAGAAGAACAUCCAGAAGGGCAUUGACUUCGCCAACGCCUAAGCGACUCUUAAAAACCCACCAUCCAUCCCCAAACCGUGUACUUCAUUAGCGCCCAUUGUGAAUUGGCACACUUCCCUUAGCAAAUCUUUCGUCUUAAGUUGGCGUGUCCAAAGAUAAAACAGAUCUACGCUCAGUGUGUGGUGAACAAUAACCAGUUGAUAUCUGAAAUAAACAAACGAUAAACUUGGA